AUGAGUUUGGAUGAUAAUUGGGCUUCAGAAGCAGAUAAUCGAUAUGAUAAUUUUAUAAAAGCUAUUGACAGAGUUUUGAGACAAUUCGAACGUUCGUCUGAAUGGACCGAUUUGAUAUCAAUUUUAACUGCAGUUAAACAAACACUCCUAGGAAAUUGCGCACAAUGUGCAUUUAUACCCAAACGUCUAACUCUUACCAAGCGUCUUGCUCAAUGUCUCCAUCCAGCCUUGCCAUCCGGUGUUCAUAUAAAAACUCUCGAAAUCUAUACGAUUAUCUUUGAUAUGAUCGAUAGAGUUCAGUUACAACGCGAUAUUCUCUUGUAUUCGUAUGGACUGUUUCCUUUGUUACCAGUUGCAGCAUUAACUGUAAGACCAGUUCUGUUAACAUUGUAUGAGAAAUACUUUUUGCCGCUUGAUGAAGCAUUGAAUCCGAUUUUAACAGGAUUUCUAAUUGGAUUGCUUUCAGCGUUAGAAGAAAAUGGAGAUUUCUAUGAUCGUAUUAUCCGAUUAUUGGAUAAUUUAGCGAAUCGUAUCGAUGAAAUGUAUUUUUAUACAUGCAUAUGGUCAGCUGUACAUUCAGUGUCAACAGUUCGUUACUCUGCGAUCAAAUAUAUUUUUAAACAUUUCAGCAAAAGACAAAGUCUCAAAGAUCAAACCUAUUUGAUCGGCUUAUCAAUUGACACAAUGGUCUCUGCAGUUUGUAUCUGCCUUUAUGACAAUGAACAACCGUUGGUUCAGCGUUCUAUGCUCGAUUUUCUCCUUAUAUGUUUACCAUUGCAUAUAGAUCUUUUGACCAAAGGUAAUAUGAUCAAGAUCAUUACGAUGACAUUUCAUAUUCUAUUAAAACGUGACGCAGCAUUGAAUCGAAGAAUUUAUAGUUGGUUUGUUGGUACGAAUGAAGCACAUGUAGAUACGAAUAGUCUAUUGACUUCAUCGAGCUAUUUCAAUAUGUAUACGCGAGAAAUUUUAAUAGAAUCACUGAAAUACUUAUUGAAUAUGGUAUCGAGCAAGUAUUUAGUAGACAGUAACAAAUCAUCUGAUGAAAAUGAUGAGAAGCUGGAAAUAUCGUCAAUGUGGACUCUAACAAAAGUCAUUCGAGUGCUUCUCGUGCUCGUGGAAAAGGACGAUGUAGGACCGGAGAUCAUCGAGUUCAUAUUCAUGCAUUACCUGCGAACAAUUUAUCAACAAGCAUACUGUCCGUCAAAGAGAAAGGAGAAAGAAAAUGCUUAUGUUGAAACUUUCAAAACAUUCAGUACAUUACUUGAUACAUUGGAACCGUAUUUUAUCUGUGAAGAACUAACGAAAAGUUUCGAGAUGAUUGUUAAUCAACAAAAAGAUGAAAGAUGUCUCGACGGUGAUACAACAGUCGAACAAAUCUGCGGUAUUACUGAUAUGUUACUGGAGAUCUUCUCGGCUGAAUCAUUCGCCGAUAUUCAAUCGGAAUAUUUGGUAGAAAUGUUCGAACGUUUCAUGACUGUUAUAAAUACGAACAUGAAAAUGUUAACAACUGAUCAAAUUGUAGCAUGCGUUGGAAUUCUACUGAAACUUCUUCGAAUUCUGAAUUCAGUGGCUCCUUCGAAAGAAACUCUUGACAGUGACAUGGAAGAGGAAACAGAGCAAUUGACUUACCAUAAUAAUGAAUAUUCGACUGAUAUUUACGAUAAGUUAUUACGGACGGACAGUGUGGGCAACUUACAAAAUCCUGAGUUGGAAGGCAAAGAAGAAAAUUUGGAUGAUAUCGAACAACUACUUCGUGAAAUGAUACGGAAAAUCGAGAAGAAAAUGUUGAAAUCGAAUAAUUUUUCAUCGAUAAGAAAACAAAUUCCUUCACUAGUUCACAUAGACAAUUCAAUACGUUUAUAUAAAACUCUUUUUCAUCAGUUCAUCACCACAUAUAUCAUUUAUCAAAACGAAAUAUCAAUGAUCGAUCGAUUUCAAACACUUUACUCCGUUAUUCGAAACAAAACCAACGAGAUAUUCAAAUUAGAUCUAAAUCCCGAUGUUGACAACUAUCAACUGGCGUUUGAUCUUCAUUGCAAAUUACUGCUUGAAUUCUGUUGUGUUCUUCCGAAACAAACGGUAUCGAUGGAAAAUGCUUCGCUCACUCAAUUCGAAGAUUGGCUUAUAGAUUUAAUCAUUCUUGCAUUCUGUCAAACCCCAUUACAAGCCAAAGCAACAUCGGUGUUAAUCGAGAUUUGCAGCCAUAGUUUAAAUAAUCAUCAUCUUUGUUCGUUCGAACAAGUUUUAUUUCUACUGAAUGAAACGGAGGUUUUUCGGUACAUCGUUGCAUAUCUCUGGGAAUAUUUGAGUGAAAAAUGUUCGCGAGAAUGCAAAUAUCGAGCAUCGUGUAACUUAUCGUCGCUUCAUUCAAUGUUACCCAACGAUCUAUGUGAAGAUUAUAUUUUGAAAAAUUUGGAAGAAUCAACUUCAGAAUGGGAAGUUCUGGAAAAAUAUAAACGAUUUUUCCAAUUAUGGAAUUCAACUCGCGAUCGAUUAAGUAGACCUUUUCAAUCUUGUUUAGUUCAUGUGUUAAGUAGGUUGAAUGAAUCGAAAGAUUCGUGUUUAAAAUCGUUGAUUCAACAGUGGAUUUACGAUUGUUUUGUUCAUGGUGAUAUAUAUCGUUUUUUCGAUAUAUGCAUGAUGCAACUUCUCGAUGUUGACACAACACGUCGGGAGAUUCAUCGUGUCGACUGGAUUGUAAUUGAGGCAGAUUCAGGUAACAAUUCGGAUGAGAUUCAGUUCGUUUUACCGGUGGAUGCUGAUGAUAAUGAUGAUAGUGACUAUACAGAAACCGAUGAUGACAAACGAAUGCGCGCAAUUAGUUGUAUCAAUCCCGGUGAACCGCUUUCACAAGUUCGCUCAUCGCCUCAGUCGAUAAAGUUUCCGUCAUUUUCAAGUCUUUCUCCUUCCAUUUUUUCCAAUAUCCUUUCACUAUCAACAAAACCACGUACACCCACACUAUCUCCCAGUGCAUUGCUCAACAGCUCGUAUCAAACACAAUCCGUUCCGACAAGCAGCACCAUUUCCGAAGACAUUUCACAACUCAUAAGUUCUCCCUAUGAUUACAUUUUAUUCUACAAUGAGACUUACGAUUUCGAACGCAUCAUCUCAUCGUUGAACAUCAUCGAAAAUCUACUUAAUCUAAUUUCUGAUCAACUUGUUCAAUAUCUAUUGAGAACAUCAAGCAUUCAAUCAGCAUCGAUGAAUAUGCACAAUAAACAAAUGCAUGAAUUGUAUCGAAAGCAGAUGGAUUUAAUUGUUGGAAAAGACUUCGAUCUAUCAACAGAAGAACAUCAAUCAUAUUUGUAUGUUCUACUCAAUAUUCUUCUCAUGUUUACGUAUAGCUAUCAAGAAAAACGUCAAGAUAUUCAGGAGAAUCAUCGAGUGCAAGUGCGCUGUUUGAUUCUUCUUGCGCGUGUAUGUCAUCAUUUAUCAUCGAUAUGUAUGGAAAAUGGAGAUUUAUCAACUUAUGUGGUUAGUUUAAUGAAAAAGAUUGCCUUUCAAAAAAUUAUUCUAUGUUUAUUCAAUCGAAUCAUCAAUCCAAGCAGCCAUUUUUCACCGUUUAAAACAAUCUACGAUUUGAAUAAUCAAGUUUUACACGAACAAUCAAUCAAACAAUAUUUAAAACACUUAGUUCAAUUAUUAGAAGAAUUAAUUCUUCUAGAAAACAUAAUUUUUCAUACAGAUAUCAAUCUAAUUCAACAAUUCAUUGUUAAUCAAGAGCUUUUCAUCUCCACUAUUUUACAAUAUUUGAAACAAAUACAUUCCAUCGAAAAUCAUCGAUAUAUCAUUAGUUUAGUCGUUAGAAUACUACCUCACUGUGGUACAGCAUUGAAAUUGAUCAGUACGCGAGUAAUCGGGCAAAUGUGUCAGAAUUUAUGUUUCGUUGCCCAAUACCAUAGUCAGCAGGAUGCGAAAAUCAAAUUCGAGAAUUUAGUAACAUUUGAUACACUAGAGUAUAUCAUUCAUUUGAUCGAACGUCUUUCAUUUAUUUGUAAUUAUUGUCUUGGUACGAGCACAAAUCAGUUACAACAUUUCACUCCAAUAUUGUGUCCUGAACAUUGGACAAAACGAUUAUCGAUCACUGCAAUUGACUUUUCCGAUGCUCGUCGAUUGAUUUUCAAAAAACUAUCACUGAUCCUUCCUGUCCUUGCAUUUGUAUGGAAAACUAUUGGUGUUGGUCAAACAAAUUCCAUAUGGGUUGAAACACGUCUCAAACAAAUACAUGAAGCAAUCGUUGAAUUAGUCUCUUCAUUCACGAAAGCAAAUGGAACUAUAUUUAUGCGAACAGUUGCACAAUAUUGGGGCGAAGGCAAGCCGAUCAAAGACAUUACUAUCGAAAAACAAACUUUGAUUAGUAUUCUUAUAAAUAUCAAUAAUUUAACCAUUAAUGAUAUGAUUUAUUAUAUGAAUGAACUUCUUUUGCAAAACUCAUUUGUGGUCAAUGAAAAAAAAAAGCCGAAUUAUGUUGUUUGGUGCUUACAGUUUCUGUUAACUUAUUUUGAGCAACAAAAAAAUCUUUCGAAUGAUUAUUGGCCACGGUUAGCAGCAAUGCUGAAAGAGUGUCUGUCGUUCUCCAUGUCAUCAUUAAGUGCAUCCUUAAUCAUCAAAAUAUUGAGUUAUUUCGUCAAACAAUCGCCUGUCUUUGUAGAAAAACGUGACAUCAGAGAUUUUCAGGACAUAACGAUGAAGGUUUUGGAGUAUUGUAAUACAACAGUGGCUUCGUCACUUAAGCAAACAGCUUGGUUGCGGAAAAAUCGACAAGUACGUGUGACACAAAGCGAGCUAGACAACACGAAGCAAGCAAUCAGCGAGUCAUCCUACGAAACUGAUAGUGAAAGUCCAGUUUUAGAUAUCGAUGAUACAUCUCAAUCGAAAAAGGCCAGUUUGAACGCAUUGACUAUCCUCGCUGAACAUGCCGCAAAAUUACUUGACGUCACCUACAAUCUAACGGAGGAUAAAGAUCGUGUUGUAUUACCUUAUCUACAAAAUCUGAUACCCAAUAUCAUGCCGUACAUUCGUACACAUGCCGUAGCAAAUAUGUUAUCUAAUAGAGCAGCAUCAACUUUACUGAUGAACAUAGCACAAUAUCCUUAUACAAGAAAAACAUGGAAAAAAGACGUCGUCGAAUACUUUUUCAAUGCGGAAUUUUUUCAAGUGGAAAUAUCUACGUUACGUUUAUGGAAAUGUAUUAUCGAUAAGUUAAUCGCUGAGGGCAAAUCAACAUUUCGCGAAGUGCUCAAUCGUAUUCAUACAGUGCAAACCGGUUUACGUGUUUCAAAAGAACAAGAGUACGAACAACGUGCCAUGCUUAUCAAACGUUUUGCUUUUAUCCUUUACGCAUCGGAAAAGGAUCAGUAUCAUCAAUAUUUACCGGAAAUACUUACACGUAUUGAAGAUCUACAAAAACUAUCACAAAUGCCUAUCUUACAAACACAGUUAUUCCUUUUAUUACGUGUUUUACUGAUCCGUAUAUCCAGUAGAUACUUAGUUUCAUUCUGGCCAAUUAUUAUAUCGGAAUUGAUUCAUAUUCUAUUAAAGAUCGAACAAGAUCUUACAUCAGAUGUUCAAGAAGGCGUUAGAUCAUCGGCUUCACGAUUACCAACGAGUGAUUCAGCCUCAUUGACUCUUUAUUUAUACGCAUGUAAACUCCUCGAUAUUCUCUUGACAAUUCCUCCAUCAGAACUAUAUCACUUUCAAUUAUUUCGAUCGGCAUUCGUCGAUGAUUAUAAUUUGAAUAAUCAAGUGCUAUCGUCUGAUACAUUCACAACUUUUUCCAUUCGCAUCUCGAAAUUAUUUGACGGAAAGUGUCAAUCUUUGCCAAUCAGCAAUACACCUACUUGUCCGUAUCUUCGUUUACAAACAAUCACUACUAUAAACGAAUUGAGGCCAUUUUUCCAUUAUUUAUCCACCAUUUACCUUCAUGAUACUUCGCAUGGAAAAGCUGAUCAGAUUGAAUUUAGUGUGCUCGAAGAUUUUGUUGAACCGUGCAAUCAACUGUAA